AGUGCCCUCUCUAGAAAGAGCAGAGAGAUGUCCUUGGUGCUGUUGAUUUUAACCCUAACAGUGCUCCCCUUCUUCUUUUCCCGCCUUCCCCCUAAAAGCGUGCCUCCUCCACGCCACAAAUGUGACGGGCACAGGCAGGGACUCAGGAAUGCAAUUGAUCCCAGACAACCAGCUGGAGGGUCAGUGUUUUCCCAGAUCCCUGGGCAGCCCCGAAGAGCCACGCUGCACACUCCACCAGUCAGCGUGGGCAGAAGGUUAUUCUCUCCAGGGCAUUUGCAAUCAAUGUACCAUGCACUAAUAGAUGCUUCCUCUAUUGUUCAGCUGUGUGCCUGGAUUGGCUGGAUGGCUGUGGGAAACACCAGCAAUCCCCAGACUCACAUAUUUGCUGAAGCUCCCCGAUGUAUAAAUAGAGGCAGUCGGUAACUCCCAAAGCAUAGCCUUACGCUCAGCGCAGCAGCCCGACGUGGGGGUCUCUGCCCAGGCCUGAGAGCGCUAAGAAUGGCUCCCAGUAACACUCUCAUGAUCCACAUGGAGGAGAAACUGCUGCCAAAAGAAAAGAAUAAACUGAGGAAGCCGGUGGUGGAGAAAAUGCGUCGUGACCGGAUUAACAGCAGCAUCGAGCAGCUGAAACUGCUCCUGGAGAAGGAGUUUCAGAGACACCAGCCCAACUCCAAGCUGGAGAAAGCCGACAUCCUGGAAGUGGCUGUCAGCUACCUGAAGCAGCAGAGCCAGCUGCAGGACCAAGCAUUCAUUCACAAGAAUCUAGAGCAGGACUUUAACAGUGGCUACCUGCGAUGCCUCAAGGAAGCUAUGCAUUUUCUGUCCUACUAUGAACCCAAGAAGGAAACUCAGGUGCAGCUAAUCAAGCAUUUCUGCAAAGCUCAGAUGGGCGCAGAUGUCACAUACUCUCCUGCUCUGCGUAGUUCACCCCUGUCACCCUGCCUGUUCACCAGAAAGCAACCUGCCCAGAAGACUGUGGCUGCUGCUCCUACCAUCUGGAGACCCUGGUAGACCUGCUGAGCUUUGCUUUAUUCCUGUGUUUUGCUACAAAGACUAGAGGGACCUGUGAUUUAAUAGUUCCUCUUUAAAGUAGGAAACGUUGCUUUCCAAAGGUGGGGGGGUGGUGGUUAUUGUUUUUCUGUCACAAGAAAUGCAGGUCACUGAGUAGUUUCCCUUCAUAGUGAAGGACCGUGUUUGUAUCUUGCAGCAGAUUUGCUGCUUUUAUUGGUGGCUCCUAGCCAAAGAGAGGACCAAGUUCUGUGGUGAUUUAGAAAGCCAAAUGCCUUUCAGUUUCCAUCACACUUUUGCUUGGCAAGGCUGUUGAGUCUGUGGCUGUCAGUGGAAAUCUUUCUGCUAACUCCCUGGGUCACUGGUUCAAGUGCUCCAUUGUCUCUAGAUAAUAUAUUGACCUUCCGGAAGAAGAGCACUGUGAAGAAUGUUUCUUGUAUCAUAAGGAGAGUAUUGAGCCUUUACCUUUUGAGUGAAAGAUGUUAUUAAGAAAUGCUGAUUCUUCUGAAGUUCCUAUGCUAUUUUUAGUAUACCUUCUUACAGAAAGUUAUGAUGAGAACAGAUAGCUCUAGGGAAAAUUCUCUUAAUGUCAGUAUGUGCUGCUCUCAGUUGAGGGGUAACUGAUGCCUUUUGUAAAGGAAAUACCUGUGAUAUACCUUAAGGAAAAGGGGGAGGAAGGGAGGCAAUGAGUACUUUAGAAUCAUUCACUGAA